AUGGCCGGGCAGCCGGCGAUUUUCCACGCCCUGCUGCGGCCCGUGAUCCUGCAGGUGCUCCGCGCGGCGGGCUACCACGCGACGCGGGGCGCAGUGCUCGACUCCCUGACCGACCUGGCGGCGCGAUACAUGCAGACUCUGUGCGAGAAGACGGCCGCGCAUGCGGUGCACGCGCGCGACGACGCGGGCGACUACACGGUGGUGGAGCUGCGCAUGGCGCUGCAGGAUGUGGGCGCGCUGCAGCCGGAGCGGACGCCCACGGACGAGCACUGGCGAGACGACGAGGACCUGCGCGGCGUGGACGAGUUCCUCGAGUGGUUCUCGGGCCCCGUCAUGAAGGAGCUGAUGGAGAUGGGCAAGGGCGACGGCGAGUCUGACGCGACCGACUAUCUGAGCGCUCUUAAGAUGAAGCACAGCAAGACGGGCGAGGACUCGAAAUGGAACGGCACCCUCAUCGGGAAGCCGCUCGACACGGUCGCGGAGAUUCAGGUCGAGGGCGGACCCAUCACGAGCAUCGACGACUGGGUCAUGCAGCGCAGCCGCGCGUACUUUACACCGCCGCACGACGAUGACGCCGAGACAGGUCACCAUGCCGGAGCUGGAGCGCAGACAAACGGCCACCACCAUGCGUCGUCCCCGUCCGCAGCCAGCUCAGGCCUGAGCUCGGUCGGCGACAGACUCGACGACGGCCCCGAGGACGAGAAGAUGGACCUGACGUAG